AUGACCAUAAACACCUGCAGUAAGAGAGAGGUAACCCGGGUACAGAUGGCCUGCUUAACUAAGAUGGAGCGUAUGAUUGUGUCCAUGCAGGAUCCUGACAUGGGCAUGAAGAUGAGAAGCCAGCGGCUGCUUAUUACAGUCAUUCCUCAUGCCAUGACUGGUGGAGACAUAGUUGAGUGGCUGAUAAAGAAGUAUUCCAUCAGUGAAGAAGAGGCAUCACAUAUUGGAAACCUCUUGGUGAAAUACGGCUACAUAUACCCACUGAAGGAACCUCGGAACCUGUGUUUGAAACAAGACGACUCACCGUAUCGCUUUCAGACUCCAUAUUACUGGACCUCAAGCCGUUGGCCUGCUUCCGAGCUGGAUUAUGCAAUUUAUUUGGCCAAGAAGAACAUUCGCAAGCAAGGGGAGCUCAUUGAGUAUGAGAAGGAGUGUUAUAAUGCUUUACAUAAGAGGAUCAAUCACACCUGGGACUUUGUGGUGAUGCAGGCAAGAGAGCAGCUCAGGGCAUCCAAACUUCGUCGAAAGGCUGAUCGCAUUGUUCUGGAGUGUCAAGAACAAGCAUACUGGUUAGUCAACAGACCCCCGCCUGGUGCAAUGGACAUUUUGGAUCUUGGACCAGAGAAAAGAAACAUCGCAAACACACGGGUGCAACUUGUAGAAAAGAACGUCGCAUUCUACAGGAGAGAGGUUGAUCGAAUUAGGAAAUGCCUGGGAAGAAAUCGGAUCAAGUCCUCAAUCUGUUUGGAAAGUUUUGUGAAGUACAGUAAACAGUACCAGAACCAUGAUCCCAUAAUGCAAGGCUGCCUUCCCAGCAACCCAUGGAUCACAGACGACAUCAUGUACUGGAGCAUGAAUUCAGAAACGGUGGCCAUGCCAACUAAACUCUGUGUGGAACGUUGGAGUUUUAGCUUCACGGAACUGCUGACUGACCCAUUAGGGAGAAAAGAAUUCCUUGCUUUCCUGGAGAAAGAAUUCAGUGCUGAGAACCUGUGCUUCUGGCAGGCGUGUGAGGAUAUACGACAUGGUGAAUCCUCUAAAAUCCUGGUGAAAGUGGACGAGGUUUUCAAGCAGUACCUCGCACCUGGAGCCGCGAACUCUGUGAACAUCGACAGCAAGACCAUGGAAAUAACCCUGGAAGGUAUGAAGCAGCCCAAUCUCUUCGUCUUCGACGAUGCUCAGAUGCACAUUUACGUCCUCAUGAAGAAGGACUCGUACACUCGCUAUCUGAAGUCCCAACUGUACAAGAACCUGUUGGCUAAAGCUAUAGUACCACAGGAAACUAAGAAAAGUGUGUUCCCCUUCACGCGCCGACAGCGACACUCCAGUCCAUCUCCAGCACUGGUACAAACAGGAGAUGAAAAUGGAAAAGCACAGAUGAAGAAUGGAUGAACUGCGUCCUUCAAUAACUCACACUAUUCUUUACAAACACACUGUAUGGCAAAGUAUAAG